UGCCGUGGCCAAAGAAGGCCGUUGAGCGCAUAAACUUGAUCUGCAAUACAGAACGAUCGAUCACCGCCACCUCUUGCCAGUACUUGUCAUCUGUCUUGCCGCUUGUUUAGUUGAACGCUCGAACGUCCACCUUCGUCCACGUGGAAGUGCAGUUAGAUACGCACUCUCACCUUGCGAUCUCUUAUGAGUUAGUUCAAAUUCCCCUCUGCAAAGCGGCUGAUCGGGGGGUUUCGCCAUAUCACGCUGCCCCAUAUGUUCAGAUAUGGAUUAAAUCGCCAACUUCUCAAGCACCGCUAAAUACUGGACACACCGGGAAUACUUAUAAGGCCGCGCCGUACUCGAACCUUGAUGCACGUUCAGAUGCCCCGUUAGAGGCAGCAUGCGACUUACUCCCCUGAUUUUGCCCAGUAUUAUCACGGCGCCCGCAAGCGCUGUAUUCGCCAAGACCAGAAAUGUUGGCCGAGAUGCAGGGUCAUCAUAUAUCCAGUUCACCUCCACCAAGUUAAACAGCACAGACCUACGUUAUGUCAUGGACUCUGGUAUCUGUGAGACCACGCCGGAUGUAACACAAUAUUCUGGAUAUGUUGAAGUGGGGAAGAAUAUGUCCAUAUGGUUUUGGUUCUUCGAGGCACGCAACUCGCCCGAGACAGCGCCUUUCACUCUCUGGUUAAAUGGUGGGCCAGGAUGUUCGUCCAUGAUAGGUCUUUUCCAAGAAAACGGGCCUUGCAAGGUCAACCCGGAUGGGGAGACGACGUAUCUAAACGCAUACAGUUGGAACAACGUGAGCAACAUGAUCUAUAUCGAUCAGCCUAUCGGAACAGGCUUCUCCUAUGGCACCGACACAGUGAACAGUACGGAGGCGGCGGCACCUUCUGUCUGGCAGGCUUUCCAAGUUCUCUUUGAGAGCCGAGCGUUUUCCGAGUAUAGCAGUCGCGAGUUUGUGUUGGCAACUGAGAGCUGUGGCGGUCAUUACGGUCCUGCUUUUGUCACCUAUUUCGACCAAAAAAAUGCAAAGAUUGCGGAUGGCAUUCUUGACGCUGAACCAAUUGUAGUCACUGCGUUACUGAUCAACAAUGGAUGGAUAGAUCCCUUCAUUCAAAACAUUGCUUACUACACGUUUGCGGAGAAUGCCCCUGGAUACGGGCAACUCCUCUCGGACGCAGUUUUGGAAAACAUCUCCCAAGCCCUAUGGGGUGAGGGCGGCUGUGUGCAACAAGAGCAGGCUUGCUACGCUGCUGGAAAUUCCACCGCUUCGGAUUCAGUUUGCCUCAAUGCCUACAACUACUGUAGCAACUACGUCGUCACUGCGGCCACUACUGAUUAUGAUCCGUAUGACCUCCGUCGGAACUCCUCAGCCCUAUUUCCCCCUAAGUACUACGUCAACUAUCUCUCAACUGAGAGUGUGAAGAAGCGGAUUGGUGCCGAGACUACUUACAAAGAAUGUUCCAACACACCAUACUCAAAGAUUAUUAAUACUGGUGAUUUUGCCCGAACCUGGUCACCAGAGUUGUCUCAACUAGCCAACUCCGGAUUGAAGAUCUUGAUAUGGGCUGGUGAUACUGACAUCAUAUGCAAUUGGGUUGGUAAUUAUGCAGUUGUUCUUGCGAUGGGCUGGUACGGAAAGGAAGAGUUGAAUAAUAUCCUUCUUACCAAUAUAACUCUCAAUGGAACACCUAUUGCCUCGGUGGCAAAUGUAGACAACUUCACCUUUGCGAGGGUCUUUGGCGCAGGUCACACAGUGCCCACUUUCCAGCCAGCUGCUGCGCUAGAGAUAUUCACCCAAGCCAUUCGCGGGGAACAGUUACACUCGGUGUAAAGGUGGAGAGGUAAUAUACUUCGAAACGAUUUCUUGGCUCCAACUUCGCGAUGGAAUAUUACCUACUUACCCAUCUCGGUCGCAUGCCCGAGUUAGCAGAUGUUACUUGCUUUCUGUCCAAUUUCGACGAUGCCCUAUUUAGAGUCGCAUUUGCCCUUCCCCAGG